CACAGCUGCGGGGCCAGUCGGGACGGAGGAGACAAGAUGGCGCUGCGUGUGAUGCGGGGGAUCGUGAACGGGGCCGCACCCGAGCUGCCCGUGCCCACCAGUGGGGCGGGGGCGGGAGCGGGAUCUUGGGAGCAGGCGAUGGCAGCGAGUCGGAACUACCUGUCCCAGCCUCGCCUCACAUACAAGACAGUAUCAGGAGUCAAUGGUCCACUAGUGAUCUUGGAUCAUGUUAAGUUUCCCAGAUAUGCUGAGAUUGUUCACUUGACAUUACCAGAUGGCACGAAGAGAAGUGGGCAAGUUCUAGAAGUUAGUGGUUCCAAAGCAGUGGUUCAGGUAUUUGAAGGGACUUCAGGUAUAGAUGCCAGGAAAACAUCCUGUGAGUUUACUGGGGAUAUUCUCCGAACACCAGUGUCUGAGGAUAUGCUUGGUCGGGUAUUCAAUGGAUCAGGAAAACCGAUCGACAGAGGUCCUGUUGUACUGGCUGAAGACUUCCUUGACAUCAUGGGCCAGCCAAUCAAUCCUCAGUGUCGAAUCUACCCAGAGGAGAUGAUUCAGACCGGCAUCUCGGCCAUAGAUGGCAUGAACAGUAUUGCUAGGGGGCAGAAAAUUCCUAUCUUCUCUGCUGCUGGCUUACCACACAAUGAGAUUGCAGCUCAGAUCUGUCGCCAGGCUGGUUUGGUAAAGAAAUCCAAAGAUGUAGUGGACUACAGUGAGGAAAAUUUUGCAAUUGUAUUUGCUGCUAUGGGUGUAAACAUGGAAACUGCCCGGUUCUUCAAAUCUGACUUUGAAGAAAAUGGCUCCAUGGACAACGUCUGCCUCUUUUUGAACUUGGCUAAUGACCCUACUAUUGAACGAAUUAUCACUCCUCGCUUGGCUCUAACCACAGCUGAAUUUCUGGCCUAUCAGUGUGAGAAACAUGUGUUGGUUAUCCUAACAGACAUGAGUUCUUAUGCUGAAGCACUUCGAGAGGUUUCAGCAGCCAGGGAAGAGGUUCCUGGUCGACGAGGUUUCCCAGGUUACAUGUAUACGGAUUUAGCCACAAUAUAUGAACGUGCUGGUCGAGUGGAAGGUAGAAAUGGCUCGAUUACUCAAAUCCCUAUUCUCACCAUGCCUAAUGAUGAUAUCACUCACCCCAUCCCUGAUUUGACUGGAUAUAUCACAGAGGGGCAGAUCUAUGUGGACAGACAGCUACACAACAGACAGAUUUAUCCACCUAUUAAUGUGCUGCCCUCAUUGUCACGGUUAAUGAAGUCUGCUAUUGGGGAAGGUAUGACCAGGAAGGAUCAUGCUGAUGUGUCUAACCAGCUGUAUGCGUGCUAUGCUAUUGGUAAAGAUGUACAAGCCAUGAAAGCCGUGGUGGGAGAAGAAGCCCUUACCUCAGAUGAUCUUCUUUACUUGGAAUUUCUGCAGAAGUUUGAGAGGAACUUCAUUGCUCAGGGUCCUUAUGAAAACCGCACUGUCUAUGAGACUUUGGACAUUGGCUGGCAGCUGCUCCGAAUUUUCCCCAAAGAAAUGCUGAAGAGAAUCCCUCAGAGCACCCUGAGCGAGUUCUACCCUCGGGACUCCGCAAAGCACUAGCUGCCGUCUCAUCGUUGGCUCAAUACCCUUGUGUAAUACUGGUUCCGUUUAUUGAUUCCUUUCGCACUUGCCCAUCCCCACUUUUGUGUUGGAGUUUACCAUGUUACCCUGUAAUUAAAAACAAAGAAUAGGUGACGUAUUGUGCCAGUGUUGCAAUGUCUUAAACUGCUAACAGACUUUAACAUAUUCCCUGCUCAGAAAACUGGGAUCUUCAAUGCUUUGUUUAAAGUAGCUGCAGGGAUGGAGGCGAAGUUUUCUUACUCAUGUGUAUUUGUAAAUAGUGGGAUAGUUAGUUACCUAAUAAUGUCCUCAUUAUUUGAGUCUCUCAGACCUUCCUUCUCCACCCUCUUGAGAGUAUCACUAUCUGAAGCUAUAAUGCUUUGAUCUCCAAAUCGGGCAGGAUCAGGACUAAAAGAAGCGUCUGCUUAGAAGAGCCCAGAGCUCUCUCCUGAGCAUUUGUGUUUGGAUGGUGGUGUACCUCUAGGUCUGUGCUGCUGUUCUAAGCAGAUGGUUUUUACUGUCCACCUGCGCUUUCCUAUUUAAUGAGUAGAUUAGAAAAGGAGUUGGGACUCCUGUGUGUUCAUGUGCUCUCUCCCUCUGAGUAGCACACAAUCUUGCAGCUUUUGCACAGCUGGCAUCAAUCGGAUAGUAGUGAGAUGCCUUGUCUUGAUCCUUACUGGGUUGUCAUGCAGAGGAAUCAUAAUUAAAAUAACCAGUAUAAUUGUUGCUUGGAAAGAGUUGGAGGUACAGCAAAAAUAAAGAAAAGAAAAACCUACACCCAUGCUACAUUCGGACAUGCUAACAGUGGUGUACUUUUCUAAAGUGUUUGCCAGAAGCUGAGGACACGGUGUGGGAGAAAGCUCUCCUGUGGACAUGUUAAAUAGUUAGAGAACAGCCUUUGGAAAACCCCUAUUUGGUCCUGCUUUCUGACCUAUCUCUGCCUCUUCAGGGUAAUCUUGUGGCACAAGUGAUAGCAUUUAAAAGCUUUAGCCUUUUAACUCCUGCUCCUUCCUGCUGUGAGCCCUGAGCUGUCUUCUAUGCACUCCGCCUUGUCCACUGUGUGGUCUCUGUGUUCUUUGUUAGUUGGGUGCAAUAGCAACUUCUCUGCAUUCCAUCUUUCAAGUUGUGUAAAGUUCACUUUUUUCUCAGAGGAUGUAUGUGGGAGAGUCAGCAUGAUUAUAUUUUAAUGUAGAAAAUGUGACAUCUGGAUAUAAAAUGACAAUAAAUAUUAAAUUAAAUGGAA